AUGAGUUCCAAUAUCUUCGAGUGGUGCAACUGUUGCUGGCCAAGUCGAAAAGAGAAACCUACCGUAAGUUAUGCACUUUUCGGAAUUAUUUUUUUGCCAGACCUCAGCCGUAGAUAGAGCUACAGUAUACUUCAAAGAGCCCGUGGUCGUCACACCUCACUAUCCGCGAGAGGAACUCGAUGUUGAGAAAGUGCCCGAGAUUGUUAUCACAUCACCCCGAAGUAACUACGACCCGGACGAAUUUUAUACCGCUAGGACAAGCAGAUCAGUGGAACGGUACAGGUUUAAAAAUAUGCAAAGCCUGAUCAAAGAAAUCCGAGUGGAAAUUUUAACCGAGUUGGAUGAGACGGCAGAAAAGAACAAGCCAUGA